UUGUCUACAAUUGGUUUCGCAUUUUGCUGUAAGUUCUCUAAGCAAUACAACAUCAACGACUGACAGAUACAGCUUUGCUAAGAGAUGGCGAUGGCGAUGGUCCGAGGUGCUGGGCUUCGGACCGCCCUGCGUGGCGGCUCUCGAUCAGUUGCUCCUCCAAAGCGCUCCUUCUCCUCCUCUGCUGGACACAACGAUGCUCGUGAGGCGGACAAGUGGGAGAAGAUAACUUACUUAGGCAUUGCUGCCUGCACUAUUUUAACUUUUGUUAACCUGUCAAAGCCGCAUCCUCACCAUGAACCGCCUCCUCCAUACCCAUACUUGCAUAUCCGCAAUAAGGAAUUCCCAUGGGGAGGAGGGGGAGGGUGUCCGGUAGUCGACGGCCGGCACUCCGUUCUUAUGUUGAAUCGUUAGACUUGGACUACUUGGAUCUAACAGAAGACAUAACACAAAACCGAGCCCAGUGGUGUUCUAGGAUUUCAUAUAGCCGACCCCACUUAGUGGGAUAAGGCUUUGUUGUUGUUGUUGGUGUCUUUUAAAUAUAUCUUUCAUUUGAUUGCUACAUCUGGCAUCACAUUCUAAAACUUUGUAUUCACCUUAGCCAUUAUUUUUCAUCUUGGUUUUCGUUAGUACCAGUAUGUCAAGUGAAGAACAGGUUGUUCGGGUAGUAGUAGGAGCAUGUUUGAAUUGUUUUCACGACCUUAGAUGUAUUUUGAUAAUUUGAAAGAAAAAAAAAAGGAAAAAGGGAGACCAAUAUCUACCAAGUAUGUGAAAUGUUGUUCCCAAGUUGAUACCAAUUCUAGGACUGGAUUUUAGAAUAGCUGAAAUUGAAGCAUUGUUAAAGCUGGUACAUUCUUGUUCGUAGACAGAUGUGCGUGCAUAUUGGUAAAAAAGGUACGCUAUUUUGUUUUUCCAAAUUAACUUGCAUUAAAAACGAACACAAACUUCAAUUGCUUUUGUGCUCUGAACAGCUUUCUAAUUUGCCAACUUUUCCUUGCUGCAUUUGGAGAUAUUGAGAUGUUGAGGCAUUAUUGUUUUCUGUUUCUACUUGUUCACAAAGUUUCGUGUGUUUAUUCUCUUUCUCUUCAAGAAGUUUUGCUCGAAUAUCUUGAGCAUUUUCUUUGGUGUUCAGGUCCGGAUGGCCUUUUC